AUGAAGAUCAUAGAUAAGAUCAACGAUUAUAAGGAGAGGAAGCAAUUGUUCUACUCGUUCGAGUAUUUCCCACCAAAGACGAUGGAGGGUGUACAGAACUUGUACGACCGUCUUGGACGUAUGCUCUUGCUCGAGCCACUCUUUGUCGAUAUUACGUGGGGUGCCGGCGGUUCCACUAGCCAGCUGACGCUGGAGAUUGCAGAGACUUCACAAAACAUAUGCGGCCUCGAGACGAUGAUGCAUCUGACCUGCACCAACAUGAAGGUGGAGGAGAUCGACUUUGCCCUCGAGAAGGCCAAGGCGUCGGGCGUGCGCAACAUCCUGGCGCUGCGCGGCGACCCGCCCCGCGGCGAGGAGUGGAAGAAGAUCGAGGGCGGCUUUGGCCAUGCGUCAGACCUCGUGCGCUACAUCCGCGCCAAGUACGGCGACUACUUUGGCAUUGCCGUCGCCGGCUAUCCCGAGAUGCAUCAGGAUGCCACCAACGCCGAGGAGGACCUGCAGCACCUCAAGCAGAAGGUGGACAUGGGCGCCGACGUCAUCAUCACACAACUCUUCUACGACGUCGACAUCUUCAUCGAGUUCGUCUCCAAGUGUCGAGCGAUUGGCAUCAACUGUCCAAUCAUCCCUGGCAUCAUGCCCAUUCACACUUACGCUGGAUUCAAGCGUAUGACUACACUCUCCAAGACCAUAGUACCUCCAUUCAUCCUAGAGAACCUUGAGCCAAUCAAGGAUAACGAUGAGGAGGUAAAGAAGUAUGGUGUUAGACUGUGUAUUCAGAUGUGUCAGAGAAUGUUGGAGGCUGGCGUCGAUGGCCUACACUUCUAUACAUUGAACCUCGAGAGGAAACGCCAGCAGCAAUCGUCUCAAGGAGGAGGUGCGUCCCAUCUUCUGGCAGCAUCGUCCACGCAGCUACAUCUCGAGAACAGGCAGCUGGGACGAGUUCCCCACGGCCGUUGGGGCGACUACCGUUCGCCCGCCUUUGGCGACCUCAGCGACUACCAUCUCAGCUCGCUGCACUUCAACGCCGUCAACCCAGUUCACGAGGAGCUGGAGUUUGGCGAGCCACCCCACACCGAACAAGAUGUGUACGACCGCUUCGCCGACUACUGUGCCGGCAAGACCAAGAAGCUGCCGUGGAACGACCUGCCGCUGUCCACCGAGUCCGACGAGAUCAAGGAGCAAUUGAUCUUCCUCAACAAGAACGGAUUUCUUACAAUCAACAGUCAGCCGGCAGUCAAUGGCGCGCCCUCCACCGACAAGUUGCACGGUUGGGGUGGCAAGCACGGCUUCGUCUACCAGAAGGCCUACGUGGAGUUCUUCACCUCGCCCGAGAACACCGAGCGCCUCAUCGAGUACUUCAAGCUGUGUCCAUCGAUCACGUACCACGCCGUCAACCGCAGCGGCACGUCGCUCACCAACACCAAGGGCACCAACGCCGUCACCUGGGGUAUCUUCCCAGGCAAGGAGAUCAUCCAGCCAACCGUCGUCGACAAUGCCAGUUUUGUCGUGUGGAAGGACGAGGCCUUUGCCCUGUGGCAGUCGCGUUGGGCCGCCGCCUAUCCCGAGGGAUCGUCGUCGCGCAAGCAAUUGGAGACCAUGAUCAACUCAUACUACCUCAUCAACGUUGUCGAUAACAACUUUGUCUCGGGCAACAUGUGGAAGCCAUUCCAAGACCUCGUCUUCAAGUGUUCUCCACCAGCACCCUCCUCGCCAACCAUCCAAUCCGCUGCCGCUGGUGCUGGAGCAGCUCCAUCCCCAUCCCAACAGCAGUAG